AUGAAUUGUGGGGACCCCCAAAGAGCUGCUUUUGGAGCAAAGAUAGUCGGACAAAGCUGGAAGAUACCACUGGUGGGACGAAGGUGGCAGUCAUUGGCGCCACCGGCCCAGUUAAGCCCCCCAGACUCUCCAAUGAGUGAUGCACCAAUCAUCACGAUGACAGUUCCGGUAACAACGGGAGGGAAGAUACGUUUCAGGGUCUUGGCUGGUGCAAAGGAUAGGCCCAUAUUCAAGA